AUGAUUGUAGAUUUCUACAACUGGAACCGGAUUUAUGUGACCUACUGUGACCAGGCAUCGUUCCUUGGAGACACUGUAGUUGAUGAUGGUCAAGGACCAAUAGUUCAAUUCAGAGGGUCGAGGAAUUUCGAUGCUCUGGUGGAGGAACUUUUGGCUAAGGGAAUUGGUGCCGGAGAGAAUGUUAUUCUUUCCGGUAGAUCGGCCGGAGGCCUAGCAACUAUACUACAUUGCGAUGGCUUCCGAGCACGUCUCCCUAACGUCGGCAGGGUGAAAUGCCUUUCCGAUGCCGGAUUUUUCAUCCGAGCUGAAAAUAUCGCUAAUGCCGACUAUAGGGACCACUUUUUUGCCUCGACCAUCCAGCUCCAUAAUAUAUCUACCCUCUUGCCUACGACAUGCACAGAAAAUAGAGAUCCGAGUUUGUGUCUAUAUCCCGAAUAUCUAGUCGGGGACGUUCAAACUCCGCUAUUUCUAUUAAAUAGUGCAUUUGAUUAUUUUCAGGUUGUAAGCAGAGUGGUGCCUCCAUCUUCUCCUGAUGCGGAAAGAUGGAAAUCAUGUGUGACGCAAAACAUCAGUUGUACAACUGCUGAUAUACAACUAUUGAAUGAUUUUGGGGGUGCUUUUUUUAAAGCUAUUAAUAAUCUCCCCUAUAAUCCUUCAAGAGGCAUGUUUAUAGACGCAUGCUUCGCACACUCUGUGGCAUAUCGUGAGCAGUAUUGGUCGCCAAAUUCCACAGUCAAAUUGGAAAAUUUGACUUUGUUGGAGGCCUUUGGAGAUUGGUAUUUCGAUAGGAAUUCGGUUACCUUGAUCACCCCCUCUACUUCUCGAGAGUUUUGUAGUUAAACAUAAAUUUGUAUGAUUCAAUAAUAUAUUU